GAUCGAUGCAGGGGCCAAGAGGGUCCCCUCCGUUCCCAAAACCCUAGUCGUAUAAAGAGGAGACGGCGGCCAGGCGCGCCGUCCUCUCGUCUGCUCCCAGGGUUCUUACGGGCUUUCGGCGUUCCGAGCUAGACCAGGACCCCUGCCUCCGAAGUCAUGACGAAGCGCACCAAGAAGGCCGGAAUUGUUGGCAAAUAUGGUACCAGAUAUGGUGCUAGUUUGCGAAAGCAAAUCAAGAAAAUGGAAGUCUCUCAGCAUGCAAAGUAUUUCUGCGAGUUCUGUGGAAAGUAUGCUGUGAAGAGAAAGGCAGUUGGAAUUUGGGGGUGCAAGGACUGCGGCAAGGUCAAGGCCGGGGGUGCUUACACACUGAAUACUGCUAGUGCUGUUACCGUGCGAAGCACAAUUCGUCGGUUGAGAGAAGCAACCGAAGGGUAAUCAGCAACUGGCGAAUGUGCAAUUGUGUGAUUUUGGUAGAGUGAAGUGAGUCAGUAGUGGAUUUCAUAUGUUGAUUCUAAAUCUGGUAACUUGAAUUUGACCAUCAAUGAUGAAGACGAUCUGUUCCAAGUUAAAUCAUAUUUAGGCAUUUGAAUUACUAGAUUGCUUAUGUAUCACACUUGGCCUUUGUGACUUUUGUUCCGAAAGUAAAAGUCAGAUCUUUUUGGAAGCAAC